AUGGAGUUCGCCAUGCCCCUCGAAGAGCGUCUGUCGCUCCGCCAAGAGCUCAUAGACUCAAACGACAAGUUCAUCCUUGACCUCCCCAAAGUUGAGCUCCACGUCCAUAUCGAAGGGACUCUAACCCCAGAGCUUCGCUGGAAACUCGCCAAACGCAACAACCAGACUCUAAAGCUUGAGCGCACUGGAACUGUGUACACCAAUCUCGAGCAUCUCAGAGCCUCGUACUACAUCAUGGAGGCCCGUCCAGGACAUCAGAUUGACAACGCUGAGGAGAGUUUCACUUUCUUCGAGGCUUACUACGGCGGGUUUGAAGUUCUUGUUACUGAGGGGGACUUUUAUGACCUUGCGAUGAAUUACUUUGAGCAUGUUGCUGGUAUGAAUGUGAGGUACUGCGAGCCGUUCUUUGAUCCUCAGGGUCAUACGCGCCGUGGAGUAGCGUUUGAGACGGUCAUGAAUGGUUUCCGUCGAGCACAGGAAGAAGCUGAGAGAAGUCUGAAUGUCAAGUCGAAGUGGAUCAUGUGCUUUCUGCGUGACAUGUCACCAGAGUCAGCCAUGGAGACCUACGACUCUGUUCUUCCCUACCGCGAUAUGGUGGUGGGAAUCGGCCUAGACUCAGAUGAAAACGACCGCCCUCCUCUGAUGUUCGAAGAGGUAUACAAAAGAGCUAGACAAGACGGCUUCCGCAUUACUGCCCACUGCGACGUCGGCAACAAAGAUGCGCAUGAACAUAUCCGCCAAGUCGUCAAUGACCUCGGUAAAACGGGCGCUGACCGUCUAGACCACGGCAUUAACGCCGCACAAGACCCCGAAAUCAUGCAUCGCAUCAAAGAAAGAGGGAUUGGAAUGACACUCACGCCAUGGGGAUAUCUUCGUCACGAGCCAGUUGACGAGAUCUUCCCUAGAAUUCGCACGUUGUUUGACGCCGGUAUUUCAAUUGCUAUUGGCAGUGAUGAUCCAGCUUAUAUGGAAGAUACGUGGAUCUUGCAUGAUUGGCUUCUAGUCAAGAAGAUGUGCGGGUUUAGUAACAGCGAUAUGGCGACUUUGGCAAAGAGUGCUAUUGAUAUGUGCUGGGCUGAGGAUGGGGUGAAGCAGGAGAUGAGAAGAGAGCUUGAGGAAGUUCUGGCGAAGCACUCAAUAUGA